UUUGUAGGUAGUUUCCAACAUGAAAACACAUAUUGUGUCACUGGUUUUCCUGUGCUUCUGUCUCUCAGGUCAAGUGGCCGAAGGGAAUAUCUUUCCUCAUGUGAUUCACGAGAUAAUACAUCAUGUUGGUUAUUAUGGCUUAUGCAGGCAACCUGGAUGGUAUAAAAUUCAGGGAAACUGUUACAAAUUCUUUCACUCACGCAAGACAUUUGAAGCAGCUGAGGCUUAUUGUAGAUUGAUCAGUCAUGGAGGCCAUCUUGCUUCAAUCCACAAUCCAUAUCAAAACAGAAAGUUGAAGGACUUGAUCUACUCUUCUAAUCAUGCAAAUCCAAGGACCUGGAUUGGAGGCAAAAGAAAAUGGGGGAGAUUUGUUUGGACAGAUCAUAGCCCCUGGACAUAUUCUAAAUGGGUACCAGGAGAACCCAAUAAUGCGGGCUAUGUUGAGCAGUGUGUCGAAAUGAACUGGAGUUAUGUUGGCCGCUGGAAUGACUGCAAAUGCUAUAACCGGAAACCAUUUAUUUGUGAAUACCAUCCAAAUUAAAUGAAAUACUUCAACUAGAGCAAAAUGUUGCUCAAAUAAUGGACUGCUUAAAUGCUUGUGUCUGUUUCUCAACAUGGUGGAGAAACUGCUAUGGAAUAAGUAUAUUGUGACAAUGCUUAUCAAUUGCUUACAUCCUUAUGUCUGUUCCUCAAACUGAUGGGAAAAACUUAUGCUUUGGAAUAAAUAUACUGUGGCAGUGGCUACUGUUAGCUAUCAUCUGAAGUCAAAGGAUACUUAUUAAACUCUUCCUUCAGAAUUGUAUGUGCUGUAGUAAAAUAAAUGGUUUAAAUGAAAA